AUCUUAUCAUCGUUAAUAUCUAACAUCAGCUUUUUGUCUCCUUAUUUUAUUUUAGGGUUUUUUCUAUUUUUUUUCCUAAUAUUUAUUGUGUUGUAUUAGGGGUUUUUUAAAUUAAAUUAAAUUAGUUUAUAUAAUUUUGUUUGUAAGAUCAGAUGGCAAACAAUCAGAUGAAUAUGGGUCAACCUGUAAUGAAUAAUCAGAAUUCCCAAAUGUUUGUACAGGGUGUUAGUGGUGGGUCGAUGUCCACCCACCGUGGGGGCGGGGGAUACGGAAUGUGGCCCCCACCUCAGACUUCUGUUGUCCCAUCGAUCGGACAACGAAGUAAGAAUAGUUGGAAAAAUAAGAAGGGAUUGAAUAAUGAAAAGUGGAAUUCUAACAAAACAAUUAUAGGAGUUAAUAAUAGUAAUAGUAGUGGUGGAUAUAAUCCACCAACAUUGAAUGAAUUGCAACAACAAAAUAGGUUAAAAGCUAGGAGAUAUUUUCCUAAAAAGAAGUAUAAUAAUAAUAAUUAUGGGGGUAGAUCAGCCCCAUUUGCCCCUAGGAACACGACAUCGUUUUUGAUUCGUGCUAAGAAAGCGGGUGGGAUUACAUCGUUGGUGUCACCUUGUCCGGUGACACCAGCAGUGUUGCCCACCCCGAUUUUUUCUCCCUCUAGGGAGGUUCUAGUAGAUAUGGCUAAAGAGGAAUGGGGUGUAGAUGGUUAUGGGUCAAUGAAAGGUUUGAUUAGGUUAAGGUCACCCGGAAAUGGGAAUGACGGUGAGGCGGGUGAGGAGGAUGAGGACGAUGAAGGAGGAGAAUCGAGUGAGAGUGAUGUGGAAGAACAUGUGGAAGUGGAAAGGAGAUUGGAUCAUGAUUUGAGUCGGUUUGAGAUGAUUUAUCCGAAUUAUAGUGGUGGUGGUGUAGAUCAUACUAGUUAUAAUUUGGAGAAUAGAGUGGAUGAUCAGGAUACGCAUAUAGCGCAGUUGGAAGAAGAGAAUUUGAUAUUGAAAGAAAGGUUGUUUUUGAUGGAAAGGGAGUUUGAUGAUUUGAGAAUGCGGUUGCAGCGUCUUGAACGACAAAGUGGGGGUGUGUCAGAACGCGUUAAUAAUGAAGAGGUUGUAGAGAAUGAUUCUGAUAACGAGAGCGAGAGUAGUAGGGGUUAUGGUCCGUCUAUGGAAGACAACAACGAUGUAAUGAGGGAAAACGUAGAAAGGAGUCAAAAUUCGGAAGAGAAUAAUAAUGCAGAUGUUGAAUUUAAGCAAUCUGAGAGCAGCAUUGAAAAGGGUAUGCAAGAAACAGAACAUGGUACUAAUGUAACAACAGAUGUUUGUAUGGAAGAAGACGAUACAGAAGAUAUCGAAACUAAGAAAGAAAACAAUAAUGAGGCAACAGCAGGAGAUGAUGAUCAUGAAAAACAUGUCGAGGGAUUUAGUACUAAAGAAGUAGAAGAUGCCAAUAAAGGACUUGCUAAGGAUGAAUGAAGUAACAACUUUUAGAGUUCAAUGUAUUGUCUGUGUUUACUAUCAAGUAUUAUGAUGAUGAAACCAAGUCUAUCCAAAUGUGCAAAUAAGUUUGGAGGUUUUCUAUGGUUUGGUUUUGUUUGUUAUUUUUGCAUUUUUUUUUGGUUUUUGUUUUUGUUUUUAUGUUUUGGAAGAGGAUAAAGAAGGUUUUAGGUAAGGUUAUGUACUUCGUAUGUUGCACUCCUAAAUAAUGUUGUUGAACCACCUAUGCAUAACUUUGAUUUAAA